AUGGGCAGUUGUUGUGGUGGAUAAUAAGGAUGGUGUGGUGAUUAAAAAACACAAAUUAAUUUAUAAGGAGGUUAAUAAUAGGAACUAGAUAAAAAAAUGGAGGAAUAGUUGGAUGAAAAUUUAGUUAAGCAAAAAGCUACAAAAAUAUAAGGUAAUUAUUCAGUUUGGAUUAAUAAUUAGCACAUAUAAGAGGACAUAAAGCAAGAGAAGAGGUAAAGAAAAUAAAAGAGAGUUAAAAGAGUUCUGAACAAAUUUCAGAUAAGUGUAUUAAAUAAAGUAUUGAACCUAAAAAANUUAUUGGUUAAAUAAUUGUUAACAUGGUAAAGGUAGAUUAUUAUUGGCAUAAGGAGAUAUAUAUGAAGGAGAUUGGAGAAAUGAUAAAGUUCAUGGUUUUGUAACAUUGUAAAGCAUUAAUAGUAGGGUACUUAUAUUCAUCAGAAUGGAGCAAAAUACAUAGGGUAUUGGGAGAAUGAUAAAUAGCAUGGUAAAGGUAAGGAGUGUUGGCCAGAUGGAGCAACUUUUGAAGGAGAUUAUAAGAAUGGAUAGAAAAAUGGAAUUGGAACUUUGAGAGAGGCAGAUGGAUCAACUUAUGAAGGGGAAUUUUAAGAGAAUAGAUUUGAAGGUCAUGGAGAUUAUAAGAUUGUAGGUGGAAAGAGAUAUGUUGGUUAAUAUAAGAAUAAUAAGAUGCAUGGAAAAGGGGUGAUUUAAUGAUUAUAUAUGAUAGACAUUUUAUUGGAAUGAUGGGAAGAAAUAUGAAGGAGAUUAUAUUAAUGGUGUAAAAUAAGGAUAUGGAAUAUUAUGUUAUCCGGAUGGAAGGGUAUUAAUUAAAUAAAUAUAAGAUUUUUAAAGGAUAUUGGUAGAAUGGAAAAUAACAUGGUAUUGGAAUUUAUAUAGGUAAAUCAAAGAUUGAAAAGGAAGGAGAAUGGAUUGAUGGAAAAAGAAUUAGAUGGAUUAGAAAAGGUGGAGAAUCUAACAAUAUUGAAUCUUGA